AUGACAAGAAUGCCACCAAUGGCAUUCAUAAAGACAUCUACACAUGCUUCCUCCAAAUCUGUGUUUAUAAUAUCUUCUGUUAUUAGUGUAUUAAGUUUGGAACAUCAAAUUUUGACCUAUUUGCAUCAAAUAUUCAAGAACUGGACACGAAAAGACAGGAUUUGGGGGGCGACACACAAAAAUAUUGGUUUCAGAAAGGUCUCAGUUUUAGGCUUUUUCCGUGCGACAGUCUUUAUAAACAUCCUGAUUGUUCUUACACUCAUUAAUCCCGUUGGUGCGCUUCGCUUCGGGAUUACCGUCCCCCCUAGUGCUGGCAACGCUAUAGAUCUCGUUCAGUCAGUGAAUGACUAUCAAAGCCGGCUUCACUCGGCGAGUAAACUGAGUCGAAAAGAACGGCAACUGUUAACCGAACAGUUUGAGAAUAGAGUGACUGACUAUAUCACGAGUAAUACGUGUUUACGGUACCACCUGAAAGAUCAUAUCCAAGUGGAACAACUGGCUGAGAAAGAGAUGUACUUUGAUAUGUCCAACAUUUUGAUUUCACUAGAUAUGGAAAUCAACAAACCCAUAGAAUUAAGAAGACAACAACUUAAUAUCAAUGUGAUCGAUAGACAUGGGAACACACUUAGACGAAAAACCAAUUUACAAGAGCAGAAUGUUCAAAUGGUCGUCGACUUUCCAUUGUACAACCACAAGGAUGAUUACAAAUCAGAAUAUUUUGAUUUGUGCUUUGAAAAUAUCAAUAUUGAUCAGUCAUGGAGAUCAAGUCCAAAAAACAUUGAUGCUUAUCUGACAAUAAAGUUUGGUGUCCCUGAAAUUUUGAAAACGUACGAGGAGAACUCUAAGAACCUUGGCAGCGUUAAAUCUGAGCUGUUGAGAAUUGAGAAUGAUAUUGAUCAACUAACUGCACAGAUGAGACAACUCCUAACGGAUGAAAGCAAACUCAGGAACACAAACGAGGCUAUUUUGAGCAAUUUUUCAAUCUGCGCUAUAUUUACAGUUAUAGUUCUCGUCGUCAGUACGGUCACCCAGUUAUGGUGGUUUAUCAAUCACAUGAAGAAAAAGAACAUCUUGUGA